UCGACGAUCAACUUCGCCAGUCCGAGUCACGAAGCGUAAAACGAAACUGGAAAGUGGAAACUAGAAAGUGUCAGGUGCAUUGCUGUUUAGAAAGGGAAAGUCCACAAUCCGCAAUUAGGUACAUUAGAACCAAAUCGUCCAUUUCUCUUCUCCGACGCCCUUUUUGUUUUACAUAUAAUUUCCGGAAUAUUCAAGAUGUGAUCUAUACAUAUAUGUAUAGGUGUAAAUUAUGACUCGGGUGUAUAAAAUUAAAUUGAUUUUUAUAGAUGCCAGGAGUACUGUAUGCCAAACCCGAUCCAUUAGAUGUUCUGGAAGCACAAAUUUUAGAUCUAGAGAAGAAAAUAAUUGGAGAUGCCAAUUUCAAUGAACGGGACACACCCUUGGCCGAAUCACUCGUUCACAGCAACAACACAAUCAACAAUGAAAUCUCAUCGUACUCCAACAUCAAGACUAUGUUUGACCGAAUUCAGCAGCUGGGUAACUUUCUCAACCCGACCUACGAGGACACACUAGUCAACCGGAUGGGCAAAGUGAGAGUGGUACUAGAAUCAGAAGUCGAACUACGCCAGCUCCUCGAUGACCUUUCUAGGCUCGACACCUUGAAUAACCAACUCUCCCCAGAUCCUCUUAAGAACAUUCCCAGUCUUUACGAACGACUCAGUGUCGUUACAAAGAACACAAUCAGGCUCGAUGAGGAUUUCAAAGAAGUUAACAAUAAAACCAAAUUUCUUGUGAAUAGUUUCUCUUCGGCAGUACGCACCAUGAAUCAUUGUUUACUAGUUUUUGAUGCUGUGCUAACAGAGAUGGAAAGAAAUGAUAAAGUAGUUAAAAAUGAUAAUUAACCAUUAUGUUUAUUCAUGAUUUUGUACAUUUUAUUCGUCAAUUUGUUUGAAUAAAUUGUAUAUUUACUUAUCCAAAUGCUAGUAAUAUGAGUUGAAAGUUUUGUGUACCCAGCAUGGAUAAUAUAUCAAACGUUUUCAUCAAUUUGUUUUUACCAACCUAUUGUUGAAAAUGCAUCAUUAUUUGUAAUUUUUUCUUAAGUUAUGAAUCUAUAAAGCUUUAUUUUUCAAUUUACAAUCUGAUUGAAUGUACAACUCAAAAGAUAACACUACUAUGGAAAUUUAAUAUAACAGUUGUUUUACAUACAUAAUAGAUUCACUGUUGAAUAUGUCCUUUUAAAUUCAAAAAAUAAAACGAUUUUGCUUAUUGAAUACCAAUAGUAUU